UAGUUUCAUAUUACCAAAUGGUGCAAUGAGACGGACCUCUUUUCUGCUCUUGCUGAUCUCACUGCUGUGCUGUAGGACCAGUAGAGCUCGUCUCACUGUGAGUCCCAGCAGCACUCAGUUCUUCAAAUGGAAGUCUGUCUCCCUGAGCUGUGAGGAGGACGACAGCUCUGCUGGAUGGACGCUGUGGAGGAACACAAGCAGAAAAAAGAGGGCUCAGUGUGACGCUGACUGGGGAAGAUCGGCUGGUUCUAACUGUUCCUUCAGCCACAUCGACCCAUUGGACAAUGGAGUUUACUGGUGUGAGUCCAGAGAGGGAGCAACCAGUAACACCAUCAACAUCACUGUCACUGGUGGACCAGUGAUCCUGCAGAGUCCUGUCCUCCCUGUGAUGGAGGGACAUGAUGUCACUCUGCACUGUAAAACAAAGACCCCUACCUCCAACCUCCCAGCUGGUUUCUAUAAAGAUGGCUCCCUCAUCAGGACUGAGCCUACAGGUCACAUGACCAUCCACCAUGUUAACAAGUCUGAUGAAGGCCUCUACAAGUGUAACAUCAGAGGUCAUGGAGAGUCUCCAUCCAGCUGGAUCUCUGUCACAGUGAAACCCACCACUACAAUUCCUCCUUCAACCACGUCUCCUCCUGGUUCCUUCUCCUUUCCAUCAGCCUCCUCUCCUCAUGGUUCCUCCUCUACUCCUCCCUCUGUGUUGUGGUCUGCUGUUCUUUCCUUCUCUGUUCUGGUUGUACUGGUUCUGCUGGUUCUACUAGUGAGACGAUGCCUCUACUGGAAACCUAAAGCUUUUGAAGAAGAAGUUGGGGAUGAUGACAUCACAGAAGACGUCACAUACAGGGAUGUCAAAAUAUCACAUCACCUACAGCAGCCAAUCAGACGCAGCAAAGAGUGUUAUUCAGUUGCAGUCUACUCAGCAGUGAGAGGAACAGGUGACGUCAGUUCUGGACAAAUAGCCGACAGACCACACAGGACGAGAGGAAAUUGCAACCAAAAGAAAGGACGCAAGAGGAUUUAGAAGAGAAGAGGAAACAAAGAUGUUGGCGGGAACAGGGAUUUAUAAAACUGACAAAUGUUGCAAUUAUCGCUUAAAGCAUAAUUAUCACAACAUUGUCUACUGUGUGUAAUGCAGGGGAUUAGUGUUGAUGGAAAAAGUUAUUUAUUUUGCUUAUCUGCAAGAGUUGAGGAACAGAGUUAACCAAGUUAGUGUUAACGGGGAAAAUACCGGGCUUAUUGGGACAGGAACCGCUAGAGGUUUAUGCAAUCUCUGCUAUAUUCUCUGAUAUUCAUUUUAUGUAUCACUCCUGGCAUUUGAUAUUUAUUAAUAAUUCAGUUUACUCCAACAUCUAUUAUCUUUGACAAAUUUUUUGUUAUAUUGUGUUUGUUAAAUUGUAAUCUUUUGUAUCUUGUUGCAUUUAUUGUAAUCUAUACUUUUAUAUAUUCACUUUUAAUAUUCACUUUUCAAUAAACAUUUGUAAAAUUCAAUUAACAGGGAUCUACACACAAGACUGUCAUAAUUGCCAUACAUAGAUAUGAAUCAUCUUUGGCACUGUUCCAUCAAGCCCUGCAAAAUUUGUAGAAAAUGUAAAGGUGUUGUCGGUAUCAAUAAAAACAGAAGCUACAGCUUAAGAAAACCCUUCACACACACACACACACACACAUUUGAACAGGGCUGGACUGGUAAUUUGGCAGACCGGGCAAAUGCAGUUGCUUCAACAUCAGCUGCAGUACCAACGGGCAGGCACAGGCACUUGAAGGAGUAAAAGGCCUGUGGUGGCCACUGCCAGGCAGAGGAGGAGGCGUGUGUUAGUGAAACAGAGGGACAAAGGGCCGAGAGAGAGAGAGAGAGAGCAGGAGGAGAGUGUAGACGAAGAGGUAAGCAUGGAGUUG